ACGAUUUGGUAUGCAAGUAUUUUUAUACAAGCUUAGCAUUAUAGAAAUUGAACUGUGCGCCUGUUUUACAGGUCAUGUUAGUUUAGCGCGUUUAGCGGUAUUAAACUGAGUUGGGGACAGAGUUAUCUUGAAGAGGGCAUUUCACUAGUAGUUUUGCGUAAUGGCUACCGCUAGGAUUCUCGGCCAACUUGGCCCUAACUUCCUGAGAACUACUCGCAAUGCAGUGGCAACAGGAUAUGGGGUUCGUAACAAGUAUGUCUAUGUUAAUGCUGAAGAAGAAUCUAUGACUGGGAAGGACAUACUAGAACGUGGAACAUUUAAUGUUUUUACCCUUGAGCUUUUGCGUGGCUUGGGCAUUACAUUUGCUCAAAUUUUUAAAGAGCCAGCAACUAUCAAUUACCCCUUUGAAAAAGGACCUCUCAGUCCAAGAUUUAGAGGAGAACAUGCCUUGAGACGGUAUCCUUCAGGAGAGGAAAGAUGUAUUGCCUGCAAACUUUGUGAGGCAAUUUGUCCAGCUCAAGCAAUCACUAUUGAAGCUGAAGAGAGAGCUGAUGGAUCCAGGCGUACUACGAGAUAUGAUAUUGACAUGACUAAAUGUAUUUACUGUGGGUUCUGUCAGGAAGCUUGUCCUGUUGAUGCUAUUGUUGAGGGCCCAAACUUCGAAUACUCUACGGAAACUCGUGAGGAGUUGUUGUAUAAUAAGGAAAAGCUUUUGCAUAAUGGUGAUAAAUGGGAAUCUGAAAUUGCCGUUAACAUUCACGCAGACCACCUCUACCGUUAAUGAGAAAUAGAAUAGUAAGUUUACAUAGUCAACUUGUAUGCUUUAAGUCAGUAAACCUUUAUUCACAGUGAAUAAAUGGAUUCACCGUAACUUGAAGAUGUAAAAAGUGUAUAUUUAUUCUAACAAAUCUUUCUAUUAAAUGAAGAAUCCCACAUGCGACUGUCAAAAUAUUACCUUGACAGUGAGCAAUGAAUAAAAUUUCUCACAGGGAACAGAUUAAAA